CGUUGGGUUCCGGGUGCUCUCAAUUGAAAACUUUGCUUUACUGCGCGCAUUUUCUAGAUAAAAACGCAUAAUAGUUUUUGUGGGCUUGGAGUUCGUCAUAUUUGUCUAACUGAGCUGUCGUCGUUAUCGUGAUAUGGGACGUUAUAAGCGGCAAUUUCAACGAAGAUGGAAGUACGGCAGUUAGGACAAAGUACCCCGUGUUAUCUUCCACCAGUUUCAAGAAAGGCCCUGUAUACAAUAGCAACGUCAACAUGUCGAAGGUUUGCUUGAUCGUUAUCGACGGAUGGGGUCUGUCGGAUCGGGCUGAAGGUAAUGCCAUUAUUAACGCCACAACGCCUGUUAUGGACACCUUUGCCAAGGCAGGAGAUGCUAAUUAUUGUACCCUGGACGCCUCUGGACUUGCGGUUGGCCUUCCCGACGGCAUGAUGGGUAACUCUGAGGUAGGCCACUUGAAUAUUGGCGCUGGCCGCGUUCUCUUCCAGGAUAUUGUGCGCAUCAACAAGGAUGUGGCUGCGAAACGAAUGUACGAAAACAACUACUUUGCGGAAGCGUGCAAUCGGGCUAAGCGGAAAACAGGCCGACUUCAUCUCAUGGGACUCACAUCUGAUGGUGGUGUUCACGCACAUAUCGAGCACCUAUUUGCUCUCCUCGACGGCGCCAAAAAAAUAGGUGUACAGAAGGUCUUCGUACAUUUUUUCGGAGACGGAAGAGAUACCCGACCGACAAGUGGUACCAAGUACAUGCAACAGCUGAUUGACUACUUGGCAAAAACGGGAUACGGCAGCUUAUCGACCAUUAUGGGUCGUUACUACGCCAUGGACAGGGACAAACGCUGGGAGCGCAUCCAGAUUGCUUUCGAGGGUCUCGUCCAGGGCAAGGGCGAAGAAACAACGCUUGACAAGGUCAUCUCAGUCGUUGAAGGCCGAUACAACGCAGCUGAGGAGACCGAGCGUCAAACGGACGAAUUCCUUAAGCCGAUCAUCAUCGACAAAGAGGGUUUAAUCCGUGAUGGUGAUACUGUCGUAUUCUUCAACUAUCGUUCGGAUAGGGCACGACAGCUUAGUGAAGCUCUGGGAGAAAAGCCGCCGUUUGAGACAUCAGUUAUUCCUAAGGACAUUGAGCUGUUCACGAUGACCCAAUACAAGAAGGAGUUCAAAUUUAAAAUGCUUUACCCGCCCGUGGUCCCUUCAAACGUGUUAGCUGAAUGGCUAAGUAAGAAGUCCGCAAAACAAUUCCAUUGCGCUGAGACCGAAAAGUACGCCCAUGUGACGUUUUUCUUCAACGGUGGACAAGAAAAAAGCUUCGAGGGCGAGGAGCGAUGCAUGGUUCCGUCUCCUAAAGUGGCGACAUACGAUCUCCAGCCAGAAAUGAACUGCGCGGGCGUUGCGGAUGAACUGUGCAAGGCUAUCGAAUCCGGAAAUUUCGGAUUUACGAUGUGCAACUUUGCGCCACCCGAUAUGGUUGGACACACAGGAAAAUAUGAAGCUGCUGUGAUCGCCUGUACGGCGACUGAUAAGGCCAUUGGGCAGGUGGCUGAAUGCUGCAAAAAGAACGAUGUUAUCCUCCUAGUUACUGCGGAUCACGGAAACGCGGAACUGAUGAAAGACGAAGCUGGAAAACCCAUCACCCAGCAUACCACAAAUCGGGUGCCGUUCGUCAUGCAAGGUGGUAACCGCAAGUUUGGUGUUCCUGCUGGACACAACGCUGCUCUUUGUGACGUGGCGCCCACAGUCCUUGAUCUGAUGGGGCUCGACAAACCAGAAGACAUGGGAGGAAUUAGCCUUUUGCAGAAAUAAAUGUCGAAAACUAAACAGAUCCUCGUAGCCCUCUAAAUAUCUAAAAGCGGCGUUCGCUUUUACAAUUUACUAAACUAAAUAAUACUACGUGUUCUUCCUUUAUCAAUUAUCCAGGAAGUCACUCCUACUAACACGGAUGUAAUAAACCUGACCUAUAUCCUUGUCUUUCUUUGAAUCAGAACAAUUCACCGGAAUAAGAGGCCAGGUUUUUGAGACAGAAAUCCGUAAUUAGCGCGUGAUAAGGACCGCCUAGGCAGAACGAAUCGGACGGCUAUAUAAUGUAGUUCGCCGCAAAAAUUAUUAUUUGUGGAUUGGCCCGUCCUAAUACGGCGUCGAGAUCGUAGAUAUAAAGUAGCCAACUACUACAUUGUAUACACUGCAAUAUCACAUGUAUACCGAUUAGAAUUAAUCAAACUAGCUCAUAUUUUAAUGUAGUUUAUUUAAUUAUAAUCAAGCUAAAUGAGCAGGCGAAAAACCAUCUGUUAUUUUGUCAUCACACUCAGUCGUUUGAAGACAUUGAUCCAUACGGUUGGUUACGUCUUGCAGUAUGAUUUUUCAUAGGCAUAGAAAAGUGAAUUACGUAUAGACAAUUUCGUGUCACUGAAUAAAUUAAUUGUUAUUGUUGAUAACUAUA